GCGAGCCCUAGAAGGCGGGAGAGAAGCGAUCCCCAAGAGGGGCUUCCGGAAGCGCGUGGCCGUGAUUGGUGGAGCCUAGGAGAGGGGCGGGACCCCGGCAAUUUGAAUGGGCGAAGCGGGCCCGACGGAGGGUUUGGAAUGGAAGCUGGGUCCUCGGCGCAGCUGAGACGCCAGAUGGCGACGGCAGCCUCAGGUGCUCGUCGCUGUCGUCUAAGCAAGGUAGGAGGUGGCCGGCGCCCUCCUCCAGCUCGAGUAAGGGUGGCUGUGCGACUUCGGCCAUUUCUGGAUGAAACGGCUGGAACGAGUGAACCCCCCUGUGUACGAGCCAUAGACAGCUGCUCUCUUGAGGUUGCCAACUGGAGGAACUUCCAGGAGACUCUCAAGUACCAGUUUGAUGCCUUCUAUGGGGAGAGGAGCUCUCAGCAGGACAUCUAUGCAGGUUCAGUGCAGCCCAUCCUGAGGCACCUACUGGAAGGGCAGAAUGCCAGCGUCCUUGCCUAUGGACCUACAGGAGCAGGGAAGACACAUACAAUGCUGGGCAGCCCAGAGCAACCUGGUGUGAUUCCCCGGGCUCUCAUGGAUCUCCUGCAGCUCACAAGAGAGGAGGGUGCUGAGGGCCGGCCGUGGGCCCUUUCUGUCACUAUGUCCUACUUAGAGAUCUACCAGGAAAAGGUGCUAGACCUCCUGGACCCUUCGUCUGGAGACCUGGUGAUCCGAGAAGACUGUCGGGGGAACAUCCUGAUUCCGGGCCUCACGCAGAAGCCCAUCACUAGCUUCACGGAUUUUGAGCGGCACUUCCUGCCAGCCAGUGGAAAUCGGACGGUAGGAGCCACCCGGCUCAACCAGCGCUCCUCCCGCAGUCAUGCGGUGCUCCUGGUCAAGGUGGAUCAGCGGGAGCGUCUGGCCCCAUUUCGACAGCGGGAGGGGAAACUCUACCUCAUUGACUUGGCUGGCUCAGAGGACAACCGGCGCACAGGCAACCAGGGCCUCCGGCUCAAGGAGAGCGGGGCCAUCAACACCUCCCUCUUCGUGCUGGGCAAGGUGGUGGAUGCACUGAGCCAGGGCCUCCCACGAGUGCCCUAUCGCGACAGCAAGCUCACCCGCCUGCUGCAGGACUCUCUGGGUGGCUCAGCCCACAGCAUCCUCAUCGCCAACAUUGCUCCGGAGAGACGCUUCUACCUAGACACAGUCUCUGCACUCAAUUUCGCUGCUAGGUCCAAGGAAGUGAUCAACCGGCCUUUCACCAAUGAGAGCCUGCAGCUUCAUGUCUGGCCACCCGUUAAGCUGUCUCAAAAAGAACUGCUAGGCCCGUCUGAGGCAAAAAGGGCCCGAGGCUCUGGGGAAGAGGAGCCUGGGAGCCCUGAGCCUGCAGCAGCUCCAGGCCCGGCCUUCCAGAGAUUCAGCCCCCUGCAGAAGCUAAGCAACAUGGACCCGGCCAUGCUGGAACGCCUGCUGAGCUUGGACCACUUGCUGGGCUCCCAGGGGAGCCAGGGGACCCCUCUGCUGAAUACCCCGAAACGAGAGCGAAUGGUGCUUCUGAAGACAGUGGAAGAGAAGGACUUGGAGAUUGAGAGGCUUAAGAUGAAGCAAAAAGAGCUGGAGGCCAAGGUACUGGCCCAGGAGGUGACAGAGGAAGAGGAGAAGGAGAACCCUCUCUCACUAGUUCGACCCCUUUCUCGGCGUGCACUCACAGGGGCAAAGCCACUGAAAAAGGCUGUGGUGAUGCCCCUACAGCUGAUUCAGGAGCAAGCAGCAUCUCCACACCCUGAGAUCCACAUCCUGAAGAAGAAGAAAGGGCUGAAGAGAAAGCUGAAGUCCCUGGAUGCCCCCGGGCCUGAGGAGGAGGAGAAGGUUGAGGACUGCUGGGAGCUACAGAUCAGCCCUGAGCUGCUGGCCCAUGGGCGCCAAAAAAUACUGGAUCUGCUCAACGAAGGUUCAACUCGGGACCUGCGCAGCCUGCAGCGCAUCGGCCAGAAGAAGGCCCAGCUCAUCGUAGGCUGGAGGCAGCUCCACGGCCCCUUUGGCCAGGUGGAGGACCUGGAGCGCGUGGAGGGCAUCUCCGCCAGGCAGCUGCAGUCGUUCCUCAAGGCGAACAUCUUGGGCCUGGCUGCCGGCCGCCGCUGCGGCGCCCCCUGACCGCCGCCUCCUACGUCUUCUCUCAACCCUGUGUAGCCUCGUUCGUGUAAAUACAGUUAUUACUCCCGUG